AUGCACACUUACUUGCAAAACAGAGGAAGGGUGAGAAAAGGUGAUUUAUUUGGUGGGUUUACCGGCGGUGGUGUGUUCGAUGGAAGUAGGAUAGAAGAAUUUUUUGAGGAAGGCGGUGCUGAUGGUAGUAGAUCCGGUGAUGGCCCUAGAUCUCUAACAGGAAAAGGUGGGUAUGGUGGUACAACCACCACUAGUGGUGGCUGGAACGGUGGCAGAGGUGGAGGCAACCGAUGUGGGGUUGCAAGUUUUACGUGGCUGUGUUCUCAACAUUUGGAAGACUGUAGAUGGGGCGAACCUGGUGGUGGAUCUCGCAAUCAGGCUGGUGGGUGUACUGGUGGUGCUGGUGGUUUCAGCAAGGCAGGUAACAUCGGUGGAGGAAAUUUCGAGAAGGGCGGGGCCGGAGGAAGUGGAUCUAGUGGUGGACCAGUGGAUGCUCAUUACAUAACAUUCCGUGGUACAAUAGAUGAGGGCAACCAACCUGUUUUCAUCAAGAAACUUCACAGCACAAACUCAUUUGUUGGUGUAGAAGGCAUUGUUCGAGAAAUUGUCACAGCAACACAAAUGUUAAAAAUUGGCUCAGAAAUAUCAUAUGCCCUUGCAUACCUCCAAAACUGUUUUUUUAGGCCGGUGAUUUUCAGAAACUUGAGCAUUAAAGAUGUAUAUUUUGACAAAGACUAUGUCGCGAAGCUCACAGGAUACUACUUCUCAGUUUUGAUCCCUGAAGGUGAAGAUCAUGUCAAUGAUGCAGUAGUUGGAACUACAGGUGGAUCUGCACCUGAGUAUAUAUCGUCUGGAAGUAUGAUCGUAGAUCCUAAAAUUUCAUGUGAAAUAGAAGAAAGUGGAAAGCAACAGCAAUUGCAGGAAGUAUUUGAGCUUGCUUGGAGAUGCACAUAUCGUAAUGAAGAUGACAGACCAAGUAUGAUUGAAGUUGCAAGUGAGCUUAAGAAAAUUGCAGACUCUAAUUAG